AUGGCGGAAACAAACAUCACAAAGGUGGCGGCUACCCACCUCGAGGAUACACUUGGCGAAGGCGCCAUUGUCGAUGCCAAGCAUGCCUCUGACGAAGAGCAUUCCCAAACUCUACUCGAGGCCCUCAAAAGCAAUCGAAAGGCUGUGUUUUGGUCUAUGCUUAUCUCAAUGAGUAUCAUUAUGGAAGGCUACGAUACAAUCUUGAUGGGCAAUUUUUUCGGUUAUCCUGAGUUUGCGAAGAAGUACGGCCAAGAUUAUGGAGGCUCGAUUGGAUACCAGGUCUCGGCGCCGUGGCAGUCUGGCUUGAAUAUGGGAAGUACCGUGGGUGCUAUUUUCGGCGGCAUCUUGAACGGCUAUCUUGUGUCUGUGUUAGGCUACCGCCAUGUUAUGAUCGGAGCCCUGUUUUUCAUGAACGCUUUCAUCUUCAUCGUAUUUUUCGCCAGUUCCGCUGCUGUAUUGUUGGUAGGCCAAAUCCUAUGUGGUCUAGCAUGGGGUGUCUUUGCCGUCGCCAGUCCAUCAUAUGCGUCAGAGGUUUGCCCUACAAACCUGCGAGGUUAUCUUACGACGUAUGUAAACUUGUGCUGGGCAAUUGGUCAAUUCAUCGCAGCAGGCGUCCUUGAGGGCCUGAUUCACCGUCAAGAUCAGUGGGCUUAUCGUAUCCCGUUUGCGAUUCAGUGGAUCUGGCCCGUUCCUCUCAUGAUUGUCUGUUUCUUCGCGCCGGAAAGUCCAUGGUAUCUUGUACGAAAGGACCGGGUGGAUGACGCGAAACAAAGUCUACGACGCCUAGGAGGAAAUAAAACCGAAGACCAGAUCAGUGGCCAGCUCGCCAUGAUGGUCCACACUGUCAAUAUUGAAGCAGCGCAAGCCAAGGAAAGCAAAUCCUACGUGGAAUGCUUCAAAGGCACCGAUCUCCGCCGAACAGAGAUUUGCUGCGUGGCCUUCUUUGGCCAGAUUCUUUCUGGAAGCUCGUUUGCCUACUCACCUAGUUACUUUUUUACUACAGCCGGUAUGAGCGCCGAUCACGCGUAUCAGCUGAAUCUAGGAGGCACGGCCAUUGCGUUUCUUGGAACAGUGUUUUCAUGGUUUUUGAUCACUCACUUUGGUCGGCGAACCCUAUAUGUUUCUGGUCAAGGCAUACUAUUUACUAUCCUUUUCAUUAUCGGCAUUAUCAAUGCUGCGACGUCGGCUAAGAACGCGAUAUGGGCAGAAGCUGCACUUUGCAUUUUAUGGCUCCUCGUAUAUGCUUUGACAGUAGGCCCAUUGGCUUACGCGAUUGUCUCGGAAACAUCAUCCAUCAGAUUGCGUCCGCUUACGGUUUCACUGGCUAGGACGGCAUAUCAGAUCGUAAACAUUGUGUCUCAGGUCCUUGAGCCUUAUUUUAUGAAUCCUACCGCUUGGAAUGCCUCUGGAAAGACAGGAUUCUUUUGGGGUGGCACUGCUCUUCUCACCUUCAUAUGGGCUUAUUUCAGAUUGCCCGAGACCAAGGGACGUACAUAUGAAGAGCUUGACAUUUUGUUUGCAAGAAAGAUUUCGGCUCGCAAGUUUGCGUCAGAGAAGGUUGAUGCAUAUGAGACGCACGUCGUGACUGAGGUGGCAGAAAAGAGCUAA